AUGGGAACCGGGUGGAGGAGGGCAUUCUGCACGACCAUCCGUCGGGACGCCGACUCGUCCUCCCCAGUAGAACCACAGUCAAGCCCUAGCCCGAAGACCGGUGCCAAGCUAAGUUUCUUCCGCAGGAGCCGCAGCAGCCCCUCCACGCCACGCCUCCAGCAUCAGACGCAGUCACGGCCCUCAACGCCCACCCUCCGCUGCCGGACCCAGUUGCCGACAGGUUUCACCGACACCGGCGCCACCGAAAGGGCCACUCUGCAGAGCCAGAGCUCGGCCACAGCACUCCUGGGCGAACCAACCACGCCGGGAAGCUACCGCCAAAGCUGGAGGCCGCCGUUUGUAUCGUCGAAUCCGUCCUCCCCACGUUCGCCCUCCCGCCUCGCACUGCUACUCAGGAACAACCUCCGUUUCACCCGGGUAAGCAAUUCUUUCGACGGUGAUUUAGUUCCCCCCACAGUUCAUCCUCCCUUCCAUGGAGAAACAAGGCAUCGUUCUCUCCCCCCUCACCGUCGAUCCUCGCGUCCUAUGCGUCUCGUCCUUCCCCUAUCCCGUCGAAGCCCUCGUUUGCGCGACUGCUGGGUGGGCGCCUUGAGUUCAUGCCGAUGGAAGCUUUGAUGGGCUUCUUUGCUUCGAUGGAGACCAAUACUCACUAUUCCAGCAGCCUUCUUCUCUCAAGGUCUCCCCGUUCAAUGGGCUCAUCUCCGUCUCGGGUUCUGUCCUCGCGGAUUCAGCACAAGCUCGUUGAGACUAAAAUCCCGUCAGCCUUUUUAAUUCGUCCCUACUAAAAAAAGGAGGGUUUCUACUUCGGGCGUGGGAGCCAUCCCAUCGGACCUUAUUGCGGUGUCACCCCUGGGCCGGAUUUUUGGUCUUUUGCUCCAACUUCUUCAUUGGAAUCGCGGAAUUCUGUAGAGUAGCAGCCGUCAUUGCAGUACGAUUUGAUCGCUUCUUACUAUCGACUGGCUUCUUCGGGCUUCCAGAGCAGGUGUGGCAUCUGUCUGCAAAGCGUGAGGACGGGGAAGGGCACCGCUAUUUUCACUGCCGAAUGCUCUCACGCCUUCCACUUCCAAUGCAUAGCCAGCGACGUGCGCAACCAGAAGAAGUCCUGCCCAAUCUGCUCUUCUGUCUGGCGCCAGGUACCUUUCCUCUCCUCCGUCCACGCGGAGGAAAACCAAAAGCAGCAGGACCCUGCUCCGGAACAGGGGAAGCUUUCGGCUGCGGUUCCGCGGAAAGCCGACACGGCAAACUCUGUCGUCGGCACUAAAGUGUACGAUGACGACGAGCCAUUCCUGAACAACGCCACUGCCUGCUUCCAUCCGAUACCCGAAGCAGAGGACGAAUAUGCGGAGGGAGAAAUAGGGGAUGGGGUAGCCGUGGCGCCCUCUCCCAGUUGCACAUCUCCGCCUCGCCGUCAGCACGCUGCCAAUUGCGCUCUGCGAGUCACGUCCAGUUCCGAUGUUGCCUUGCUGUCCGUAGGCCGUGUCCACGAGAACCACGUCGUCGCCCUCAAGGUCAAGUCUCUGACGCCGGUGUCAAAUACGGCGGCAACGGCGGCGGCUGCGCCUCUCCUUGACCCCUCCCGCCGCGCCCCCAUCGACCUUGUGACAGUGCUUGACGUGGGGACGACCAUGACGGGCGCGAAACUCCAAAUGCUGAAACGGGCAAUGCGCCUCGUUGUCUCCUCCCUUGGGCCUUGUGACAGGCUAUCCAUAGUAGCCAUCUCCGCAUCCUCCGCAAAGAGGUUGCUCCCCCUGCGGAGGAUGUCACCGGACGGGCAGCGCUCGGCCCGGCGGAUCGUGGAGAGGCUCAUCUGUGUAGAGGGCUCAUCCGCCAGGGAGGGGCUCAGGAAGGCAGUCAAGGUGCUCGAAGACCGGAGGGAGAGCAACCCGGUGGCUGCCGUCGUGCUGCUCACCGACAGUCAGCAGCACAAGGAUGACUGUAGCAGGCGGCGGCGGGAAUGCCCUUCGUCUCACACGUCUUAUUCUGCAAGAACGCGAUUCGCUCACCUCGAGGUACCCAUCCACGAGUCAGGUUUCGGUGCCGAGGAGCACCAAGAACACGCUGAGGAUUCGUUCGCCCGGUGUGUGGGAGGUCUUCUCAGUGUUGUGUGCCAUGACGUACGCCUUGAGCUCUCCUUCCCCUCCGGCGAGGUUUGCUCCGUCUACUCCAGCGGCAGUCGGCCCGUCUCCCUCGGCGGUGGGGGUAAUUUGAGAAUGGGGGACAUGUAUGCUGGCGAGGAGAGAGAGCUGCUUGUGGAGUUGAGAAUGAACUCCGCCGUCCUAAGCGCUGGUGCCUUCCAGCCCCUUCUGGUGAGUUACUCAUACAGAAACCCCGCCACUCAGGAGCUGGUCCACGGAGGGGAGCAUACCCUCCCGGUGUUUCUCACCCGCCGCCAACGUCCAGCCGCCGCGCCCAAAGUCGAGCAUCUGCGGAACGUCUUCAUCACGGCCCGGGCCAUCGCGGAGGCUCAGCGCCUAGCAGACAACGGUGACUUCGCCACGGGGCUUCACCUCCUCGCUUCAGCCCGCCGGCUGCUGCUCGAGUGCAGCUCGAUCUGCCCCGACGAGAACCUCCGGGCCGUUGAGGCAGAGCUUCAAGAACUCCGAUGGCGGCAGCAGAGGAGGAACGGGAUCACAGAGCGGCCGACGCCCUCGGCCUUGGAGAACAGUGCGGCCGCGGAGGCUCUGACACCGAUGUCCGCGUGGCGUGCCGCGGAGAGGCUGGCGAAGCUGGCCAUCAUGAGGAAGUCGCUGAACCGGGUGAGCGACCUGCACGGUUUCGAGAAUGCCCGAUUCUGA